GAUGUUGACGAGGGUGGCUCCAUCUCGUCUUUCUACGCUCUCACGGCAGUCUCGCGGUAUUUCCUUCUCCCGCGGGAGUUAUUUGAACGCUCUGGCGGUAGCCACGCCCUCGGCUGCCCGCUGAACGGAUUGUGAAGCGUCUUUGUGGAGAUUCUGACGGUGGUCAGUCGGGCCUGCUGCAGCCGAGCGCGGAUAGGCUUCAUCCCGCCAGGGUCCCGGCGCCAUGGGGGCGGAAAAGAAACUGUUGUCGAUUAAGGAGGCCUUCCAGCUGGCGCAGCAGCCACACCAGAACCAGGCGAAGCUGGUGGUGGCGCUCAGCCGCACCUACGGCUCGAUGCAUGACAAAACAGAUUUUCACGAGGAGUUUGUUCAUUACCUUAAAUAUGCUAUGGUGGUCUAUAAACGAGAACCAGCUGUGGAGAGAGUAAUAGAAUUUGCAGCCAAGUUUGUUACCUCAUUUCACCAGUCAGAUAUGGAAGAUGAUGAGGAAGAGAAAGAUGGUGGCAUUUUAAAUUUUUUGUUCACUUUUCUGUUAAAGUCUCAUGAGGCAAACAGCAAUGCAGUUAGAUUUAGAGUGUGCCAGCUCAUAAACAAGCUCUUGGGAAAUAUGCCAGAAAAUGCCCAGAUUGAUGAUGAUUUGUUUGAUGAAAUUAAUGAAGCCAUGCUUAUUAGAUUGAAAGAUAAAAUUCCAAAUGUAAGGAUACAGGCAGUUCUUGCUCUUUCACGCCUUCAGGAUCCCAAAGAUGAUGAAUGCCCGGUGGUUAAUGCAUAUGCUACUUUGAUUGAAAAUGAUUCAAAUCCAGAAGUUAGGCGGGCAGUGUUAUCAUGUAUUGCUCCAUCAGCAAAGACUUUGCCCAAAAUUGUAGGGCGCACCAAGGAUGUGAAAGAGGCUGUCAGAAAGCUGGCUUAUCAGGUAUUAGCUGAAAAAGUUCACAUGAGAGCUAUGUCCAUUGCUCAGAGAGUAAUGCUCCUUCAACAAGGUCUUAAUGACAGAUCAGAUGCUGUGAAACAAGCAAUGCAGAAACAUCUUCUCCAAGGCUGGUUACGUUUUACUGAAGGAAAUAUAUUAGAGUUGCUUCAUCGGUUGGAUGUGGAAAAUUCUUCUGAAGUGGCCGUCUCUGUUCUCAAUGCCUUAUUUUCAGUAACUUCUCUUAAUGAACUUGCAGAAAUCUGUAAAAAUAAUGAUGGCAGGAAAUUGAUUCCAUUGGAAAGAUUAACUCCUGAAAUUGCUUUGUAUUGGCGUGUCCUUUGUGAGUAUUUGAAAUCAAAAGGAGAUGAAGGUGAAGAAUAUUUAGAACAGAUUUUGCCAGAGCCUGUAGUGUACGCAGAGUAUUUACUGAGUUAUAUUCAGAGCAUUCCAGUUGUUACUGAUGAACAGAGAGGUGAUUUUUCCUAUAUUGGCAAUUUGAUGACAAAAGAAUUCAUAGGUCAGCAGUUGAUUCUAAUUAUCAAGUCUUUGGAUACCAGUGAAGAAGGAGGAAGGAAACGACUGCUGGCUCUUUUACAGGAGAUUCUUACUCUACCCACCACCCCGAUAUCCCUAAUUUCUUUUCUCGUUGAGAGACUGCUGCACAUCAUUAUAGAUGAUAAUAAGAGAACACAAAUUGUUACAGAAAUUAUCUCAGAGAUUCGGGCACCCAUUCUUAAUGUUGGUGCUAAUAAUGAUCCAGCUGAUGCAAGAAAGAAAGAACUCAAGAUGGCGGAAAUAAAAGUGAAACUUAUUGAGGCAAAAGAAGCUUUGGAAAAUUGCAUUGCCUUACAGGAUUUUAAUCAAGCAUCAGAAUUAAAAGAAGAAAUAAAAGCAUUAGAAGAUGCCAAAAUAAACCUACUGAAAGAGACAGAGCAACUUGAAAUUAAAGAAGUCCACAUAGAGAAGAAUGAUGCUGAAACACUACAAAAGUGUCUUAUUUUGUGCCACGAACUGUUGAAGCAGAUGUCUACUUCAACAGGUAUAGGCGCAACCAUGAAUGGCAUCAUUGAAUCCUUGAUUCUUCCUGGAAUAAUAAGUGUUCAUCCUAUAGUAAGAAAUCUGGCUGUUUUGUGCUUGGGAUGCUGUGGACUACAGAAUCAGGAUUUUGCAAGUAAACAUUUUGUAUUACUAUUGCAGGUUUUGCAAAUUGAUGAUGUGACAAUAAAAAUAAGUGCUUUAAAGGCAAUCUUUGACCAGCUGAUGACAUUUGGAUUUGAACCAUUUAAAACUAAAACAAUCAAAGCCCUUCAAAAUGAAGGGACAGAAAUAAACACUGAUGAAGAGCAAGAGUCAGAAGAAUCUGAAGAGUCUGCUACAGCCAAGAAUGUUUUGAGACUACUUUCUGAUUUCUUAGAUAGCGAGGUGUCUGAACUCAGGACAGGAGCUGCAGAAGGACUAGCCAAGCUGAUGUUCUCUGGGCUUCUGGUCAGCAGCAGACUUCUCUCUCGCCUUGUCUUGUUGUGGUAUAACCCUGUGACUGAGGAGGAUGUUCGACUCCGACACUGCUUAGGCGUGUUCUUCCCCAUGUUUGCUUAUGCAAGCAGGACUAAUCAGGAAUGUUUUGAAGAAGCCUUUCUUCCAACUCUACAAACACUGGCUAAUGCCCCGGCAUCUUCUCCUUUAGCUGAAAUAGAUAUCACUAAUGUUGCUGAGUUACUUGUAGAUUUGACAAGACCAAGUGGAUUAAAUCCUCAGGCCAAGGAUUCCCAAGAUUAUCAGGCCUUAACAGUGCAUGACAACCUGGCUAUAAAAAUUUGCAAUGAGAUUCUAACGUGUCCAUAUUCACCAGAAAUUCGAGUCUAUACGAAAGCCUUGAGUUCUUUAGAACUCAGUAGCCAUCUUGCUAAAGAUCUUCUGGUUCUGUUGAAUGAGAUUCUGGAGCAAGUAAAAGAUAGAACGUGUCUGAGAGCUUUGGAGAAAAUCACGAUUCAGUUAGAAAAGGAAAAUAAAGAGCAUGGUGACCAGGCGGUAGCAGCGCAGGGUGACGGCGCACCUACGGCUGCUUUUCACAGUGAAGAAAAGAAUAAAGAAGUAUAUGUAACUCCUGUUAAGGAUGUAAAAACAACCCGAACGAAAUCCACUCAGCAAAAGACUAACAGAGGACGGAGAAAAGUGACAGCUUCAGCUAGAGUGAACCGGAGACGUCAGGCUGCUGAGGCUGACUCUGAAAGUGAUCAUGACGUUCCAGAGCCAGAAUCAGAAAUGAAGAUGAGAUUACCAAGACGAGCCAAAACAGCAGCAUUAGAAAAAAGUAAACUUAACCUUGCACAAUUCCUCAAUGAAGAUGAAAGUUAGAAGAGAUGAUGGAGGUGGACUCCUUUAAAAUUAUGUUCAGUUGUUUGCUUUAAUAAAGUUACCCUUGUAUGAAAAUUA